AUUGGUUUAGAUAUUAUCAUUGUGUAUAUAGUAUACUAUUAUGUAAUAUCACAAUAAAUUGUUACUUUGUCAACUCACUACUAAUAUUUUAUUGUUUGGCAGUAUCACAGAAUACGGAGAUUAUGAUUUAUAAUAUAAACAUUGUUUAUUUGUAAAUUGUUUCAAAAUGACAGAUCCUCUGACUUGCUUAAGGAUGUACAAUACUAACAAAAAGGAAAUCAUAUUUAAGGACAAUUACAUAUUAUUUGGUGACUUAUAUUGGCCAGAAACUGUUAAUACAAACUUCUUGAAGUUUGGAUCUGGUAAAGACGGUGCACCAAAAGAGUAUUAUACAUUGCAAUGUCUAUUAUUUUUAUUAAAUAACGUUACUCUCGCGCAUCCAGCGUAUGUGCAACAUGCAGUUGCCAAAAAUAUACCAUAUAUAAAAAGACCCGACCGAAAGAAACUUCUAGAUUACUUGAAUGGUAAAAUAUCUACGUCUCCUAGUAUCGAUUUCAGUGCUCCUAUUGAAAUUCCAAGUAACAUAGUAUCAGUGCCUUUACCAAUUUAAGAGUUAAACGAUAAACAAUUUUUUUAAUUUAACAUUGUGAUUGUGUACUAUUCAGUUUAAGUGGUCUAAUCAGAUGUAUACAUUUAAAAAAUAUUAUGACAAAUUGAAUACAGAUUUUAAUAAACACUUAAAAAUUAAGAAUUCAGCUCUAGUUUAUACUUUUAUAUAGCUUUAUACCUGUGUAGGCGGACUAGAUU